UGUCAUACUUCUGUUUCUUCUGCUUUAUUUUUUCUUCCUUCUUUUUAUCCUUUAAGUGAUGCCUCACAACUUGAAGGAUCACCACACUAAAUCUCCAUUCUCUAACGACAGUUCGCGGUCCUUUGCAUACCACGAUUCUCAGAACAAUAUGACCUAUCCUGGCUCAUCGUCGUUCGGCCCGCGAAAUGGCCAAGCCAUGUCGCCAAAAACAUUACAGAAACUCAUGGAAUCCGACAAAGACUUUGACGACCUCUUUGAUUCCAAUCUGGACAACGUUAUGGUAGCCAACAGUAACCAGUUUGCCAGUAGUAACCCGUGGCUUUUUCAGCACCUCAAACCUCAACAACGGGAGUACCAAAAUAAUAGUGUAGGUACUUCAUCACCCAUGCCUUAUCAAGACACGAUGAGAGAUGAUGAUUCGUCUCAAUAUACCACACCCUAUCAUGGAGAAGCGAAUUCAGAUUCGUUUGAUCAAAUGAUGUCGUCUCGAGAAUACCAGGAUAUUCUCUUUUCCGACCCUUCUUUUGUUCAACAACAGCAAACCUUACAAGACCAUCAACGAAGGAUGCAAGAACAAAUAUUGGCACAAGAAGCUCAAAACGUGCAAUAUCUCGAAACAAGUCCUGGCGAUACUACAACUCAAUACAGUGCGUCACCACCUCCUGUGUCUAACUUAAGUGCCAUGUUCAGUCACAACUCCGGCUCUCUACCGAACCCUUCACAGUUUUCCCACUCACCGUCCGACAGCCUGAGCAAACCUAAAUCUCAACACCAAGAGCAAAAGCGGUUAUCUCAACCUGUGCAAGGGGGAGUUCGAAUAACGUUUGACGCGCCUGACGUUCAUAACAAAGACUUGGCCGGAAGAAGAGGUUCACCCAGCCUAACUUUAGGAUCUUUUCCAAAUACCUCAACGCCAACCUCUCCGUUGACGUCAAAUGUUGAUCACCAAAAAAGACAAGGCGAUUUCCAAGCUCGAUUUAAAGUUAACUAUGCGCGCAAGGCAAGUUUGAACAGCCAACAGCAAGCGCACAUGCUUCAACCUUCAUUUGGCUCAUUACAAGAUAUGCCAACUUUCAAAAAUCCAUUUGCAUCUUUACCAACCACACCUGCUGCAGCCACCUACGAUACGCCUAACCCCAUGGAUGAUAUGUCUCUAGAUCGACGACGUUCUAUCUCCCUCCCGCCGAACGCCAAUAACAACAAUAAUAAUAAUAAUCGCGUGCCCAUACCUGGCACGCCGCCGGCCACCACCAAAGCUAAGCCCAUCCCUAUCGGAAGGGUUUCUAGACCGCAUGCAGCCAACAUAUCGAUCGAUGCAGAAGAGCAUCAUCGUAGACUCGACGAGCAACUGCAGAAAGUCAACUUCGAUGACAUUACCGUUAGUGAACUCAAAGAAAUGCUUCGACAACGUGGUAAGCCAGCGACUGGCAAGAAGGCUACGUUGAUCCAACGCCUGAUGGACGAACGGGACAUGGUGAAUGCUAUCAAGAACGGCGUGGCUAUUCCCCGCUCCAAUGCUUCAUCGUUUACAGCGGGUUCUCCUAUUAAUUCAUCGUCUGUUCCCAAUUCUUCACCCGUCAUAGGGUCCCCGUUUUCACAAAUCCAAAAAUCAAUAGCCGCCAUGAGUAUAGGGUCACCACCCACAUCUGCGCACUCCCGUCGAUUUUCUCCUUAUGGAGCUCCGAAGUCCCCACGGCUUGGCCCUAGUAGCCCCAAAUUGCUAUCUACAUCCGUUCCAUCGGCUUCAUCAUCCAGCAAUCAACGACCUCAUCAUCACCAUCACACCAACUCUUCGCAAUUUGUGAGACAUAAUCAGCACGCCUCUCUUUACGCGCCGUUUGUUCCGUCCGGAUUGGGAACUCCGGAUACCGAGUUAGAGGUGGAUCCGUUCGAUGCUGCCAUGGCAUCCGUCGACCACCAGAAUAAUAUGAUGUAUCACGGAGACAGCAAGGAAGAUCAGAUGAUGGAGAACUACGGAUCCAAUAUAACAGCAGACCCUAACUUUACAUCCAACCUGCACGACCUGCUUCAACAGGGUUACGCACUUGACACGAUGUCAGAUUCUGGCCUGGACAAUCAGUUUGUUCCUCAGCAAGGAGUGGAGCAACUGUUUGGAGGUAUGCCUGAGCUGGCGUAUGAUAGUAAUCAUUCAGGGUCCGCAUAUGACCUUAACGUUGCUGCCAGAGAAGGCGAUGAUACACUUGAUUCCUUUCUCAAAUGGAACUGAAUUGCGCCUCUCCUUACACGCAACCCCCUCUCUCCACUGCUUGAUCUCGGAGAUGUAGAUACAUACAAUGUACUGUAAAUUAAUGAUCCAUUUUGUUGUUAUAUGGUUAUAAACCAUAUGUUUUCAUUUGUCAUCCCUUUCUUCGUUUCCAUGAACCCUACCCACCAGGGGAUCCGACGAAUGACGGUAGAUUAGAAAUACUGGAGGUGUUGGGACGGCUGAGUCAU